AUGUUGGGUCGUACUUACCGCGCGUUCGCAGCGAGACCGCUGGCUUAUGGGCCUCAACUCUUUCGUGCCUCUUCGUCGGCAUCAAAUGUAGGAUAUCCUCCGAUCCCAUUCCCGGGGGCUCCCAAAAGCCCCCUUACAACGAAGAUGGACUUCCUAGAGCCUUCUAGUAUUACUCCGCUACCAACAUACCAUGUUAUGAGCUCGGCGGAAGGCAGAGGACCGGACGUUACGAAUGAACAAGCUCUCGAAUGGUAUAAAAAUAUGUUGACAGUCAAUAUCAUGGAUUCAAUCAUGUUUGAGGCACAGCGCCAUGGCCGUCUAAGCUUUUACAUGGUUUCUGCGGGCGAGGAGGCCGUGAUGAUAGGUUCUGCAGCAGCAUUGACGCCAGACGACGUGAUAACAUGCCAGUACCGAGAGACUGGAGUUUUCCUACAACGUGGGUUCACAUUGACAGACUUCAUGAGUCAGCUCGCUGCAAACCACAAUGAUCCCGGGAAGGGGCGCAAUAUGCCAGUGCACUACAGUGGGAAGAAGAAGGUUAACGUGCACGCUGUUGCGUCUACCCUUGCAACGCAAAUCCCACACGCCACGGGCGCGGCGUACGCACUGAAGCUAGACGCCCAAGAGGACCCUACACGGUCUCCCAGCGUUGCAGCGUGUUACUUUGGUGACGGGGCCGCUAGCGAGGGAGACUUCCACGCGGCUCUCAACGUGGCCGCUGUGAAGAAAUGCCCUAUAAUUUUCAUCUGUCGGAACAAUGGGUUUGCUAUAUCCACACCAACAAGCGAACAAUAUAUCGGCGACGGCAUCGCUGUACGUGGACUUGGGUACGGUAUACCUUCUAUUCGAGUAGACGGAACAGAUAUCUUUGCUGUCUACGAAGCCACACGGGAGGCGCGGCGUCGGGCUCUAGAGAAUGGCGGCCAGCCCGUUCUCAUGGAGUUCAUGAGCUAUCGGAUCUCACAUCACAGUACUAGCGAUGACAGCAUGGCGUAUCGCGACCGGAGUGAAGUUGAGAACUGGAGAACGCGGCACAACCCAGUUACCAGACUCAAGGUAUGGCUAGAGAGUAAGGGACUUUGGAAUGAGGAGAUGGACAAAGAAGUCAGAUCAAGCAUUCGAGCAGCAGUGCUUCGGGAGCUGGUUGAAGCAGAGAAGCUGCCAAAACCCAAGCUUAGUGGGAUCUUCGAUGAUGUGUAUGCUGAGCUGACAGAGGAGGCCGAAGAACAGCGGGAGGAGAUGAUGAGGUUGAUGACCAAGUAUCCAGAAGAGUACGACAUCAACGCUCAUGUGGAUGGGAUCAAAGGUCUGUAG